CUACUACCAACUGCGUCAUGGACCUCGCCAUCCGCGUGAACGUCCGGUAUGCGGCGCCGCCCAACUCGCACAUCAAGGACGCGCUGCGCCUCUUCAAGAGCCCGCGCUGGGUGCAGAGCAUCAUCCGCUACAUCAUGCCGCAGCUCAACUCGGUCUCGCCAGCCUCCACCUCGUACGUCGAUGGCCUCAAGGAGAACCUGGUCGCGACGACGGACGAGACCGCCUGCGUCGUGUGCAUGGAGGCCUUUCACGAUGAGCUCAGCGUCGAGCUGCCGUGCCGCCACGCGUUCCACGCCCAUUGCAUUGACCCGUGGCUGAAGCUCCACUCGACGUGCCCGACCUGUCGCCACCAGCUCCCAACGGACGCGUACAGCAACUACUCGGUGUACGCGAUCAACACGACGAUCAUUUUGCAGCAGUCCCAGGCCAACAUGCCCACGGCGCAGCUCCUUGAACUGCCCGCGAGCAAUCAGGUCAUUCGAGCGGUUGUGAACGCCCGCGUGCGCCGCAACCCGCCGAGCCUCACUGCAAACGGCGCGUGCUGCAGCGACAUUGCGUCGAUGCCGCCCGUCAUGAACGCGCGCAUCAUGCAGCAGGCCAGCGUCCACGAGCUCGACGCGGUCGGCGAGGAGUGCACGGUCACGUCGCCACCGGCACCGACUGCCUCCCGCCGGCGUUGCCGGUCGGUAGAACCCACCAACGGCCCGAGUGCGAAACGUGCGCGCCUCGAGUCGGCGGCGCGCGAGAUAGCGUCGACGGUCUGAUUUUUGAAACUCUCUGCGCGGUGAAGGAAGCCCUUGUAGACUAGUCGUACUAGAUCCACUCUCUGCGAAACAUCUUGUUAACCUUAAUUUAACCCGA